AUGAUCAUUCCACAGCUAUGGCUGGAGUGCUGCUCACGUGACCAGAAAUUUAUCUCAGCGUUUCACCGCGGUGUCGAGUGGAACGAGCUAGAUGACCAUCGAUCUCACCCUGGAACGCGUUCGCCGUUUGGCCUCUCAAUUUUCGUAUAAGCGACCCUCAAUACAUGUUGCAGGGACCAACGGAAAGGGUAGUGUGGCGUGCUUGCUUGCAUCCAUUCUUCGGGCCUCGUCCUUCAAGGUCGGCAAAUUCAACAGCCCCCACCUCAUAUCUAUUUACGACUGCAUUACUAUCAAUGAUGACCCUGUCACCCUGGAACUAUAUCACGAAUGUAGAACACAAGUCGAGCAAGCCAACGAGCAGAUCGAUGCCAGGGCCAGUAGUUUCGAGUUGUUGACCGUGACUGCGCUAUUGGUCUUCGAGAGAGCGGCAGUCGACAUUGCAAUCGUGGAGGUUGGUAUGGGUGGUCGACUGGACGCAACAAAUGUUAUACCGGACGAAUGUAUCUUGGUCUCUGCCUUGACCGCCGUAGAUCUGGAUCAUCAAGCAUUCCUCGGAGCAACUGUCGACCUGAUCACCCGGGAGAAGGCUGCCAUCGCACGGCAGGGAAAACCCUUCAUUUUGGGUCACCAGAGAGAUUCUUCGGUUGGAUCAGUUGCAGAGGAGGUUGUCCUUCAACAUGGCGGAACUUUCGUUCGCACGAUGAUUUAUCCAUUUCGCUUUCGUCGUCGCCGUUCAUCCCGCCGCGUGGACAAAAUGUCGAAUUUACAUCGGAUGCCUUCGGUUCUCCGAUCCGCGCCACGCUGCCGCUACACGGAACACAUCAACUCCUAUAAUUUAUCACUGGCUUUGACUGUUAUCUCACUCCUGUUAAGGGACUCGUCCUGUGCAGCAGUUUUACCAGAACUAAUACAUGCGAUCACCCCGGAGACCGUUCGUGCAGGGAUUGAGUGUGCUUCAUGGCCAGGAAGACUAUCCUUCCAUACCAUGCCUCGUCCUGUCACACCAGGAUCAAUCGGGGAUCCUUUGGUCUUACUCGUCGACGGAGCUCACAACCCUGCUUCUUCAGAAGCACUCGCUUCUUACAUAUCUAAUCUCACUACGCACAUCCCGUCACUCUCACGGACGCUACACAUCACGUAUAUCCUCGCACUCUCCCAUUCACCGCCUAAAACACCUGAGCAGACCCUGUUCCCGCUGCUGCCACCACGCUGCCGAACAAGCAAACCUGUGACAGUAAGCGUCGCCGUGCUGCGAUUUCACCCUCCGGACGGCAUGCCGUGGGUCAAAUCUGUUGCGCCUUCGGCGUUGCGAGCGGCCGUCUCAGGUCUCGUCCCGAAUGCAGAUGUGUGGGCUACGCAAGACGAUGAUCCUGCAGAUAACCAGCUGCAGCGGGCUCUUGAGUGGACCGAACUUCAAGCAAAUAAAAUCCGGGAUGAGGGCGGAGAACACCUUGCAGUACUUGCUGGAAGUUUGUAUUUGGUAGCAGACUUUUAUCGCCUGAUGGAGCAACUCAAGGCGCCGAAUUUCCUGGUGUAA